AUGGUUUGUGGGUGUUUAAGCCUUAGGUUGGUUAUCGAACCUAAGACUUUUCGUGGUAGACCGAGAUCUAAUAGAACUCGCGUAAGGCAAAGCGAUGGGCAACGGGCAAGAAGUGAUAGAAGAAACCGGAGCACAAAUAGCAAUGUAAAUCAUCCAACUUUUAAUUCAGCCUUCUGUCAUGAUGUUCCUUUGCAAGUCCACUCACAUCUUGGUACUAAUGACCAAAAGUGUAUUUAUUGUGGUGCAUUAAAUUUCAAAUUUGAAAGAACUGGAAGAGAUAAAAACUUCAGUAUUUGUUGCCAAAAAAAUAAAGUCAAGCUCGAUCUGCCAUCUUAUUUGCAAACUCUAAAAGAUUUGCUUCUGGGCAAUCAUCCACUUUCACAACAUUUCAGAGAUAAAGUAAGACAGUAUAAUUGUGCAUUUUCAUUCAUCACAUUCAGUGCGAAAGUUCAAAGUAUUCCCACACGUGGACCAUAUUGCUUCAAGGUUGGUGAUACAAUUCAUCAUUUCAUUAGUUCUCUAGAAAAUCAAAGAUUAGGUGGACAAGUAUAUAUUCUCGAUCUAGAAGAGGCUUUCAAUGUUAGAUCUUCUCAUCAAGCCAAUCAAAGUUUAAAACGAGAAAUUCUCAACAUGUUGCACGAUGAACUUCUUAUCAUGAAUCCAUAUGCUAGAACUUUUAAAAACAUGUCAAUAAUACAGCAACAAGAAGAACAAAGAUCACGUGAUCUUGGUACCCCUAUUAAAGUGUAUGGGAUUGAGUUUUUCACUGAUGCUAAUGAUAGUAGAGGGCGAGGAAAUUUACCACAAGUCUCCGAAAUUGCUGCAGUCUUUGAGAGUGAAGAUGGAACUCCACCAAAUAGUCGUAAUUUGCGAGUUUAUCCUGUGGGCUCUGCUCCUAGAAUAAUCUCACAUUUAAGCCCUCAUCUUGAUCCUAUGGCUUAUCCAAUUGUUUGGCCUUAUGGAGAGCAAGGUUGGUCACCUUAUUUGCAUCACAACAAUAGGAACAGAUCUUCAAUACGAACAAAAAUCACUCUUAGGGAGUUCGCAUGUUAUAGACUUGCAGACAGAGAAAAUCACUUUAAUGCUGCAAAUCAUUGUGGCAAAUUAACACAACAACUCUACGUAGAUUUUUAUGUUAGAUACGAAGGAUUGAGACUAUUCUGGAUAAGAAACAAUCAAGAUAAGCUUCGUAUCGAAACCUAUGCGGGUUUACUUGACUUCGUUUCGGGAACAUCUGAAACACAAAGCUUAAGAGCAGGUCGUAGAGUAAUUCUACCAUCUUCUUUCACUGGAAGCCCAAGAAAUAUGUUUACAAGGUAUCAAGAUGCAAUGGCAGUGGUUAGGCAUUGUGGUAAGCCAGACUAUUUCAUAACUAUGACUUGCAAUCCAAAUUGGCCAGAAAUUUCAGGUUCAAUAUUACCAAAUGAAAAAUGGUAUGAUCGUCCGGAUAUAACUGUUCGUGUUUUCAGUGGAAAAGUGGACGAAAUGAAAAAUCUCUUGAUGAAAAAGAAAAUAUUUGGCCGAGUAACUUCUCUUAUUUGUGUUAUCGAGUUUCAAAAACGAGGAUUACCGCACUUACACUUAUUACUCAAUGUUGCUAAUGACUGUAAGCCUAGAGAAAUUGAACAAAUCGAUUCUGUUGUAUGUGCGGAAAUCCCUGAUCCAAUAUCAGACCCUGAAUUAUUCAAACUGGUAACUUCUCACAUGAUUCAUGGCCCUUGCGGUAUUGUUGAUAACACUUCUCAGUGUUUGAAUGAUGAAGGUAAUUGUACUAAAAAGUUCCCUAAACCAUAUCAAGAACAAACUCAGAUAAGUGAUCAAGGUUAUCCUCUCUAUCGUCGUCAAAAUACGAGAAAAAGUUAUGCUCACAGGACAGGAGGAGUCACUGUCGAUGUAGAUAACAGCUGGGUCGUUCCAUAUAAUAAAUUUCUCCUAAAAUAUUUCAAGUGCCAUUUGAAUGUGGAAAUUUGUUGUACCGUCAAAGCCAUGAAAUACUUAUACAAAUACGUGUACAAGGGUUACGAUCAGUCGAAUAUUCGUGUAAUAAGUGAAGAUGACCAUGGAAAUAUUGACGAAAUUGAUACGUUUUUAAAAUCCAGAUAUGUAGGUCCAACUGAAGCUGCUCAUCGGCUAUUCGCUCUUCCUAUGUACUUUAAUACGCACACUGUCAUUUCUUUACCAGUACAUCUCCCCAAUCAACACUUUGUCACUUUUGAGGCUAACGAUGAAUUAAAUGCAGCAGCAGCAGCAGCAACUAAGGUCACCAAAUUAACAGCUUGGUUCGAACUUAAUAAUCGUUAUGAUGAUGUUCCUAUCUACCCACAAGUGCCGACUCAAUAUUUAUGGUCGGAUAACAAAUGGCAAAGAAGAAUUUACAAUGCCAGUGACGUGAUUGGAAGAUUACAUAUUGUGCCACCGAAUCAACCCGAAAGAUUUUCCCUACGAUUACUUUUGCUUAAUGUAACUGGAGCUAAAAACUUUGUUGACUUACGUACCCAUAAUAAUGUAAUCCAUGAAACAUUUCAAUCUGCAGCAAGAUCCCGAGGGUUAAUUCAAGAUGACAGUGAGUGGGUGAAUUGUUUAACUGAGCUGGUUACCGUUUGUUUUCCGAAGCAACUCAGAGAGACUUUUUCGUAUAUUUUGGUGUUCAGUAACCCCGGCAAUGCUAAACAGCUUUUUGAACAAUUCAAAUUUCAUCUCUGUGAAGAUUUUUUGAGAGAAUUCAAUCAACAAAUUUCUGAAAAUCUUGCCUUAAAUCAUAUACAAAGUAUUCUUGACAUUCACCAAAAAACUUUAAAUGAAUUUGGAAUACAACAUGAUAACGACGUUAUCCAUGAUAUUCCCAUCAGCUCAAAUCAAAGGCAAAUGUACCUAGAUGAGUCAAUCAACUUUUAUAACAGCGCUAACAGUGAACAAAAGUUUUGUAUUGACACAAUUCUAACUACUAUUCAAAACAAUGAUCCUAAUACCUGGUCAAAGGCUUAUUUCAUCGAUGGUCCGGGCGGAACUGGGAAAACAUCAAUUUAUAACUAUUUGAUAAAGCAUCUCCUCAGUAAUAACAAAGUUGUCGUUGCUGUAGCUUGGACAGGCACAGCAGCGACUCUUUUAGUUGACGGCAAAACGUCUCAUUCCAGUUUUGGCUUACCUUUAAAUAUAAACGAGACGUCAGUUUCAUCGAUAACGGUUCAGAGUAAGAAAGCGGCUAUUUUGAGAGAAGCUGAACUUAUUCUUUGGGAUGAAGCUUCAAUGAUUCCUAAUACAGCUCUCAAGUUAGUCGAUGAUCUACUAAAAGAUAUUAUGUCAUCUGAAAAACCAUUUGGAGGUAAAACAAUAGUUUUAGGUGGUGAUUUCCGACAAAUAUUACCUGUAUGUAAUCAUGGUGGUAAAGUUCAAACUAUCAACCUUUCACUCAAAAAAUCGGUUCUCUGGCAAUACUUUCACAUAUUACGUUUGACCUUAAACAUGAGAGUAGAUAACAAUGACAACGAAUAUAGAUCUUUUCUAUUGAAAAUUGGAAACGGUACUUAUAACAAUAUUUCACCACCUUACGUCAUAUCACUACCUUCGGAUAUCGUCAUACCAUCAAAUGAAAAUUUAAUUGAACACAUUUAUGGAAAUAAUAUUGAUAUUCGUACAAGAGACCCAUUAUUCUUUACAGAUAAGGCAAUUCUCUGUCCAAAAAACAUACACUGUGAUGAAAUCAACGAAGGAAUUGUUGAUAUGAUAAGCAGUGACGAAAAAAUUUACACGAGUUUGAAUACAAUUGUUGAUGAUGGAAGUGAAUCCAAUGUUCAUUAUCCAACUGAAUACUUAGACACAUUGGAAAUAUCUGGACUGCCUUCUCAUAAAAUAAAAUUAAAAAAGGGUGUUGUAGUUAUUUUGUUGAGAAAUUUAAAUCUAAAUGCAGGUUUGACAAAUGGCACCAGAUUAAGUGUAAAUGAAAUGUUCACAAGUUCAGUUAAAUUUACAAUAAUCACUGGACAGUCAGCUGGCAAAGAAGUAUUCAUACCAAAGAUAAAUUUAUAUUCAAAUGAUCAAUCACUUCCAUUCACAUUCAGGAGAAAACAACUCCCUGUUAAAAUAGCUUUUGCCAUCACAAUAAACAAGGCUCAAGGACAAACAUUGAGUAAAGUUGGUAUUUACCUCCCUGAGCCUGUCUUUUCUCAUGGACAGCUAUAUGUUGCACUUUCAAGAGCUAAAAAUUCACAAACGGUCAAAGUUAAACUUCCUGCUCGACGAGAACGCACAAUAACUCUCAAUCUAACUAACAAUGUUGUUUAUAAAGAAGUUUUAUAA